AGACACUGUUGGGGGGGGGGGCGGGGGCAGGCCUCACCCGUUCCUGGUGACAAGGACCCGCUGUGUGCCGGGCACCGUGCCUCGCCCCGCGAGCCGGGCCGCCGGAACCAGACUAGCGGCAGCUGACUUUAUUGAGCACUUACUACGUGCCGGCCUCUGCUCUGUAGCUGUCCGCUCACCACCCUUCGGAGGCCUUGCCCUUCUAGUCCCGUUUUUGCAGAAAAGGACACUGAGACUCAGAGGAAAGAAGUCGCUUGCCAGGGGCACGCUGUGGGUUCAGUGGCAGAGUCAGGAUUGGAGCUGAAUGUGGCUCAUUCUUCCAGAACGUUAGAGGGUAUGGGUCUCUGUGGCUCUCGCCCUUGAGUUUUAGGACCAGGGAAUUAUAGAGAGGUAUUGGACUCUUGAGCCCCAGCCACACAAUCUUGGGGACCCCCCAAGAUGACAGGCCCAUGUUCCUGGGCCACGGUUUCUGUGCAGCCGGCGGUCGUGGGGUGCCCCCCCCCCCGCAUUUCCGGGGCUUUUCCAGCAUGGACAGAGCCUCCUUGUUCUCCGAUGCCACAGCUGCAGGCCCCUGGGGGCUCCCCCACCUGCUCCAGAGAAGCUAGUCUCAGGGCCAGGAGAGGGACCCCUUGCCACCGCCUGCGUCGGGGUCACGGUGGCCUGCGCCCCUGGGUGUGCUGGGGGGGCCUGUGACAGGCAGUGGGAGGCCAGGCAGGAGUUGCAGGUGGGCAGAGUGAGGGGAACCCGAAGUCUGGGGAGAGGCGUGGGUGCAAGGGGCCAUUCCAGAAACUCCAGAGUCCUUUGCUGCAGGCCCUACGACGGGGUGACGUGACAGCUGUCCCUGGAGUGUGGCUUCGGGCAGCUGAGGCCUCAAGUCCUCCUGGUGUCCGCGGCAGCCUUGGCCAGUGGUGUUUUAUGGGGUAGGAAUUGUGUUUGGGGCUAGUAAACGUCAAGCCUUCAGUAGGAGCCCCAAACCUGACCCAGCAACCCAGGCACCGCCAUUGGAGAGCCGGGGCUCCCAUGGGGUGACAAGCGGAUCUGGGAGACCGUCUGGGUGCCCCUCCGGUUUGGGUCCCCACCCCAGUGGGCCUGCUGGUGGGUCAGGGCCGCUUAGUAGAAUUGGUGACCCACAGAGACCAGGACUCAGACCUUUAGGACCAAGGAGUUGUAGGUAUAUAGAGAAUUCUGGAGCCCCAGACUCAUUAUCAGAGACACCCCACGAUGACAGACUCAUGCUGUGAGAGUGUCCCAGAGCUUGAGGACGCAGAGCCACAGAACAGGGAGGACAGGGGUCAGAGGAAGGCAGGGACUGUGGCACUCUGGGAUCCCCUCACCCCAAGGCUGGGAUUCUAACUGUUCCCACGCUGCUGGUCUCACAACCUCCAGGGCUCAGGGGUCAGCGGACAGUAGCCCUGUCCUUGCAGGGGAGGCGGCCAGGCUCUCCAGGUUUCUCUGGAUCCACCGAUUCCAGAGAUGGGGGUUUUAAAAAUAAAGCCACCCGAGUUUUCCCUAUGGGAAACUAAUUUAAAAAAAAUGUCUUUAAAGCACCGUCCAGAUGAAGCAAGAUCCCACAGCAUCUCCUGACCCGGAGCCUGGUGCCGUGGAGGGUCCGAGCCACUGUGUAACAGUUGUGAGACCUCGGUUUCCUCCUCUGUAAAGUGGGAAUGAUAAUGGCACUGGCUGCUAAGGUUGUGCCAAGGAUUCAGUGAGUUACCGUGAGAAGUGCACAGGCCCAGCCCACAUGGGAGCCGGGACUCUGUUUUCACCUUGCCCCAGGCCACCCGUCCCUCCCCCGCCAGGCUGCCUCCCAGGGGGCCGCACUCUACGCCACCAGAGCCUCCACGUGUCCCCCCCCCCCCCCCCCCGCGGGCUCCCGAUGUGCCGCCCCGCUUUGGGACAGCCCUGAGGAUGUUGGAAGGCAGGGAAAUGUUCACCCCUUGGGGCCCUGGAGGAGGAGCAGGCGGAGGAGGCAGAGCUGGGAGGGCAGGCCUAGCCAGUGCCUGGUACAUAGUAGGUGCUCCAUAAAUGUUUAUUGAAUGAAUGAAUGGAGGCCAUGCAGGCAGAGGCAGCCGCGCGUGCGCAGGCACUGGUGAAAAGCGGGUCCAGUGGAGACUGGAGCCAGGUGACAGAUGGGUCCUUUCCUUCCUGCCCCGUCUCUCGAGCUCCCUCCUCAGAGGCUCACUCUCCAGCCUCCCAUGGGAAUCGUGGGAAUCGUCUGAAGUUCUGAGCCUGGAACCCGAGGAGGAGGAGUUGGAGGAAGAGGAAGAGGAGGAGGAGGAGGGAGAGGAAGUCGAGUCCUGAGAACCUGUGCACCUUCCCGGAAACAGGCGGAGGGGCGCGUCCCGGCCCGGUCACGGCGCCCGGCGCCUGCCGGUAGUGCCCCCGGCGGACCACCCCCCCCCCCCCCCCCCCCCCCCCCGCCGCGGUUGGCACGGGCCGCGUCUGCUUCGCCCGGGGCCCCCCCGUGCUGGGGGUCGCCCCCAAGAUGGUGGCGGCCCCGGGGAGGACUGUGCCGCCAGCCCCAGCCUCCCGCUGCUAGGUCCCCCGCGCCCCGGCCCCUUCCCCCCCCCCCCGCCCCCCCAGCCCGGCCUUCCAGGGGGGCCGCGGCCGGCGCCAUGCUGCGCCUGGGGCUGUGCGCAGCCGCGCUGCUGUGCGUGUGCCGGCCGGGCGCCGUGCGCGCCGACUGCUGGCUCAUCGAGGGCGACAAGGGGUACGUGUGGCUGGCCAUCUGCAGCCAGAACCAGCCGCCCUACGAGACCAUCCCGCAGCACAUCAACAGCACCGUGCACGACCUGCGGCUCAACGAGAACAAGCUCAAGGCCGUGCUCUACUCGUCGCUGAACCGCUUCGGGAACCUCACCGACCUCAACCUCACCAAGAACGAGAUCUCCUACAUCGAGGACGGCGCCUUCCUGGGCCAGUCGAGCCUGCAGGUGCUACAGCUCGGCUACAACAAGCUCAGCAACCUGACCGAGGGCAUGCUGCGCGGCAUGGGCCGCCUGCAGUUCCUGUUCGUGCAGCACAACCUCAUCGAGGUGGUGACGCCCGCCGCCUUCUCCGAGUGCCCGAGCCUCAUCAGCAUCGACCUGUCCUCCAACCGCCUCAGCCGCCUGGACGGCGCCACCUUCGCCAGCCUGGCCAGCCUCAUGGUGUGCGAGCUGGCCGGCAACCCCUUCAACUGCGAGUGCGACCUCUUCGGCUUCCUCGCCUGGCUGGUGGUCUUCAACAACGUCACCAAGAACUACGACCGCCUGCAGUGCGAGUCGCCGCGCGAGUUCGCCGGCUACCCGCUGCUGGUGCCCCGGCCCUACCACAGCCUCAACGCCAUCACCGUGCUCCAGGCCAAGUGCCGCAACGGCUCGCUGCCCGCGCGGCCCGCGAGCCACCCCACGCCCUACUCCACCGACGCCCAGCGGGAGCCGGACGAGAACUCGGGCUUCAACCCCGACGAGAUCCUGUCGGUGGAGCCGCCGGCCUCGUCCACCACGGAUGCGUCUGCGGGGCCGGCCAUCAAGCUGCACCACGUGGCCUUCACCUCGGCCACGCUGGUGGUCACCAUCCCGCACCCCUACAGCAAGAUGUACGUCCUGGUCCAGUACAACAACAGCUACUUCUCCGACGUCAUGACGCUCAAGAACAAGAAGGAGAUCGUGACGCUGGACAAGCUGCGGGCGCACACCGAGUACACGUUCUGCGUGACCUCGCUGCGCAACAGCCGCCGCUUCAACCACACCUGCCUGACCUUCGCCACGCGGGACCCCGUCCCCGGCGACCUGGCGCCCAGCACCUCCACCACCACCCACUACAUCAUGACCAUCCUGGGCUGCCUCUUCGGCAUGGUCAUCGUGCUGGGCGCCGUCUACUACUGCCUGCGCAAACGGCGCAUGCAGGAGGAGAAGCAGAAGUCCGUCAAGGUCAAGAAGACCAUCCUGGAGAUGCGCUACGGGGCCGACGUGGACGCCGGCUCCGUGGUCCACGCCGCCCAGAAGCUGGGCGAGCCCCCCGUGCUGCCCGUGCCCUGCAUGCCUUCCAUCCCUUCCGUGAUCGGGGAGAAGCUUCCCGCCCCCAAGGGGCUGGAGGCCGGGCUGGACACGCCCAAGGUGGCCACCAAGGGCAACUACAUCGAGGUGCGCACCGGCGCGGGCGGGGACGGCCUGGCGCGGCCCGAGGAUGACCUCCCGGACCUGGAGAACGGCCAGGGCUCGGCCGCCGAGAUCUCCACCAUCGCCAAGGAGGUGGACAAGGUCAACCAGAUCAUUAACAACUGCAUCGACGCCCUCAAGCUGGACGCGGCCUCGUUCCUCGGGGGAGGCGGCGGCGGCGGCGGGGACCCCGAGCUGGCCUUCGAGUGCCAGUCCCUCCCUGCGGCCGCCGCCGCCGCCGCCGCCGCCGCCUCCUCCUCGGCCGCCGCCCCCGGGGCGCUGGAGCGGCCCAGCUUCCUCUCGCCCCCCUACAAGGAGAGCGUGCACCACCCACUACAGCGCCAGCUGAGCGCCGAUGCCGCCGUGGCGCGCAAGACCUGCAGCGUCUCGUCCAGCGGCUCCAUCAAGAGCGCCAAGGUCUUCAGCCUGGACGUGCCCGACCACCCGGCCGCCGCGGGGCUGGCCAAGGGCGACUCCAAGUACAUCGAGAAGGGCAGCCCCCUCAACAGCCCGCUGGACCGGCUCCCGCUGGUGCCCGCGGGCGGCGGCGGGGGCGGCGGCGGCGGCGGCGGCGGGGGCGGCGGGGUCCAUCACCUGGAGGUGAAGCCCGCCUACCACUGCAGCGAGCACCGGCACAGCUUCCCGGCCCUGUACUACGAGGAGGGCGCCGACAGCCUGAGCCAGCGCGUGUCCUUCCUCAAGCCGCUGACCCGCUCCAAGCGGGACUCCGCCUACUCCCAGCUCUCCCCCAGACACUACUACUCAGGUUACUCCUCCAGCCCUGAGUACUCCUCCGAGAGCACGCACAAGAUCUGGGAGCGCUUCCGGCCCUACAAGAAGCACCACCGGGAGGAGGUGUACGUGGCCGCCGGCCACGCCCUGCGCAAGAAGGUCCAGUUCGCCAAGGACGAGGACCUGCACGACAUCCUCGAUUACUGGAAAGGGGUCUCGGCCCAGCAGAAGCUGUGACCCUCUCCUUCCCGAUUGGCAAAACUGAGAAGAGCGAGCCGGCGGAGCCAGUGGUGUGAGAAAGCAGAUUCCCGUUAACAUUUGCAUGACGAUUUUACUGUAUUUUUCUGAGCAAACAUCUGUCGUGUAUGUGCCAGUUCGUCCGGACCCCCGGGCCCCCCUCCCUGCCACCCCCCUCUUGCCCCCACUCCCUCUGUUGUGAUCUGACAAGCAGCUCUUGAAGCCUGGGGUGGGGCCACUUCUGCAAAAGACCCAAAGCAGGUGCCACCAAAACGCAGCCCCUGUCCCACACCCGUCUCCUGUCUUUCUGCGCGUGGGGCCCACAGGUGCCGCCUCGCCCCUUGGGUCCCCAGUUUCAUGCCCUCGCCCCUGCCCCGCCUCCCUGCCGGGGAAGGGUAGCCCCAGGGAAGGGAGCGUGGGAGGACCUCUGUGUCCCACUUGCUGACAUUUUUGGGGGGGUGAAAGAGUUGGGGGCCCCCGGAGAGGGAGGGGCUGGGUGAUUUGGCCACCAGGUUGGGGGAGGGGGUCAGUCACACGGCUGAAUGCAGGGGCCUAAGAGCUCGGGGGGCUUCAUGGGUGGCUUCAGAGGAGGCUUGGGGCCCUGAGGGAGGGACCCAGGGGAGCAGCUGGGGCCCAGGGUUGGCCUGGCCUCCCUGGAGAGGGAGCAUCCCACGGUGUGGGGCGGGGCGGGGCGGUGGUUCCCAGCAGGACCCCCACCCUCGCCAUUCCCCCAUCGUUCCUGGUUGAAGAGACCUGUAAAAACCUCAGACCAUCUCACUUCAGGGACCUUAAGGAUAGGUCCGCAUCUUAACAGCAAGGGUCUUGCCCCUCCCUCCAGGAGGUAAACCAGCCUUCACGGUCUAGAUGAUACCCAUCUUGGAGGCAGAAGAGGACUGGACUCAGGCCUCUGGCCUCCCAGCCAGGCUUGGGGCUUCAGCUGCUUUCCCUUGAUCUGGGAAAGGGGCCAGUGCACUGUAGCCCCCCCUGGAGGCUCUCCUGCAUCUGUGUCCUGUGUCCGGUUCAGGAUAAUUCUUCCCCAGCGGGGAGCAAAAUAGCCACGGAAGACAAAUGAUCAUUUAUGUCAAAGAGUCCGGCCCGCUGACGCCCUGUGUUUGUAAUGGCCAUGAGCACAGUGCACCUGGGCCACAGCCCGGGGCCAGCGGCUAGCAGGGCGGGCAGCCAGGAGAGAAGGGAACGGGGCGGGCUACUGGGGAGACUGGCGGAGAUGUGGGUGCUUAGCCCUGGACCUCCUGGGGGAGGCCCCCUUGCCUUGGGUCGUGCUUGGGCUUGCUGUCCCUGUCAGAGAAUCUCCAGAGGAAAUUCCUGGGUGCCUGUCCCUGGGGAGUGGUGUCAGUGGGUCUGUUUUCACCUGCAGGGCUGGCACCUUCUAGAGGCAAAAAGUGGAGAUCUGGAGGGGCAAAGAAACCCUUAGUCUGGCGUGACCCCUCCUCAGGGGGCCCGGGGCCUGCCCCUGCCUGCUGGAGGCCCCUCACCUCCGCACCCCUCCUAGGGGCCAGUGCCGGAGGACUGUGGAGGCUGCCUGUGUGCAGGCCUGGGGGAGGUGAUGGGGCUAUCUGCAGGGUGGUGGGAGUGGAAAGACCCACUUCCGAAGAAGAGGAGGCCUGCGUUAGCCCCAGAGAGGCAGGGGAGAGCCUGGGCCUGGCCGCAGGUCUCUAAGGUUCCCAACUGGGAGUAAGUCACCCGUCCCCACUCCUGGAAAUUUUCACAGAGUGGAAACAGAAGCUCAGGAAAGGGAAAGGAGGAAAUCUUCUAGGGUCUCGAAACCAGUUAGGGACAGGCUGAGUCCAAGAAGGGGCCCAGGCAUGGGGGGACGAGUCACAGGUCCCAUCUUGUAAGGGGCUUACACGCAGAGAAGGGACAGCCACAAAACGUUCCCCGGGGCAAGGGAUACUGUGAAGAGAAUGAAAACAGGGUGAUGGAAUGGAGAGGGGGGGUUCGGGGCACCCCCGAGAGGCAAGCUCAGAGGACUAGUCCACCGUCUGUGAAGACGAGGCCAGAGGGAGAGGGGGAGGAGGGGCUGGAUGUCCCCAAGCACCUCCUGGGGGGGGGGGGCCUCCACUAUGGGUCCCACCCCUUCUGAGGGAGGCUACCCUUCAGCAUCCCGCCCCGUUCCUGGCCAAGCGGGAGGUGGGGGCUGGGAGGGGGUCUUUCUGGGUGGAAGCAGUGGGGGGGUGUGUGACCCCCCAGGGGCAGGGCUGACUGAUGCUGGCCCAGUGUGAAGGGUGGGGCUUGUCUGACCCCCAGUGCUCCUCCCCUCCCGCCCCCAGAUUUCCUCUCCCCAGCGCCCCCACCCCCCAGGAGCUGCCGUGCUCCUUGUCUAUUCUGACUCUGUGUCCUUCCCCCUUGAAGACAGAACCAGUAUUUACAAUUUUUGCCUCUCAUGCCUGCCCCAAAGGCCUCACUAAAGGUCCCUCACUGCUGCUGAGCAGUAGGGAGGGGAAGAGGGGUGUCAAAGAGGGUGGGUGGGAAGCCUUGGGCCUCCCUUUCCUUUCCUUGCCCCUCGCCAAACAAGCACAGGGCUGGAUGGGGGCAGGGGGAUCCCUCCUCGCCGCCUGCCUCCCUCCUUCCCUCCCUCCCUCCCUCCGCAAGGAGCCGCCAGCCCCGUGGGCCCUGCGGCUUGGCACCUGGUUUGGGUACGGCAGGGGCUACCCUGGGCUACGAACCUGUGAACCCUAGCUGUGUGUGGACCUUUCCUUCCUCGGGGGGGGGGCCCGAAACCUCUCCUUUUCUUCUUUUAGGGGGGUACCUUCAUUUACUUUCUCUUCCCUCUACCUGCCUCUCCCCCCUCCCCGAUCUCCUGUUUUAAACUGAAUGGCACGAAAUUGUUUUCCUCAACUCGGAGAUUCCUGUAUGGAGAGAAUCAAUUUCUAUAUUUGCAAUAAAUUUCUUAUUUAAAACGA